UUCAAACAUUAAGGAGCAGAGAUGUCAAUUCAUCAACACACAGUAAUUAGUAACGAGGUGAUUGGCGAGGUUACUGAAUGUCUUACCUGGUCUUUUUUGCAAUUACAAUAUUUUUUCUCAACAAUAUUUGACAGAAAAAGAGCUUCAACAUAAUUUUGAGGGGACAGGAUGGAGCCAACCAACACGUCCUAAAAACUUUUACUCUGAAAUGAUCAACUGGCUUGGUAGUUCUCAUUACUGUGUAUGUGUGUGUGGUCGUGCCUGUGUGUGUGUGUGUGUGUGUGUGUGUGUGUGUGUGUGUGUGUGCAUGACUGCACUCAUGUGACCGACCUUCACAGUCACUGAUCAGGCUUCAGGGACUACUUAGCAAUCAGAAAUGACAUUUAUUGAUCAGCCUAGAAAACUCCCCCAAAUCAGUUGUAGGAAGAGAAAACGUGCAUAAUGAAAAAAAAAAGAAGCAUGUGAGCCCGAUGAAGAAUAUGUCCGGGUGUUGACUGAGCAGAGAAGCGGUGAUAAAUAUCACUAUUUUUUGAUGGCUUAAAUUACUCAUAAUCAUUCAUACUUUCCUCAGCUUUAAGAGAAAUGUGGAAGCUGAGGAUGUCGAGUGAAAACUUUAUAAAUGUGUUCAUGGAAAGUUCAGCGGGGGUGCUACCUAUUUCCUUUGGUUUCUGUGGUUGGAGCUGCGGCGGUCCGGCCCUGAAGGGCUGCUUGGGUUUUCCAUUGAGUUUUCCUCUUAUCACCCAUUGAUCUGCUGAGGUUGCUGCCGCACAUGUGUUGCCAUGUGGUACAGAUGCUUGCAUGGAGUCACUGUAAGGCCAGGAGGAUUCCCUGACCAACCCGAGAAAAUGUCCACCAACAGAGAAAACCAGGCCGAUUAAAGAACUUCUCUUUUUCCACCGUUAACUUCUCUCGUCUGCAUGUCUGUUUCAGGAUGGAUCAUCAUGACUGGCAGCGAGGGAGAAGUAGAGGUCACAGGCGCUACGAUGAUGAAGAAGAGGGCCAGCCUGUCUACAUCGGUGUUCCAGUCACCCACAGACGGAAAAGGCGCAGACAUCACUCCCAUGUCAGUGAUGCCGAGCGGGACACACGGCACACACACUAUGACCGCCACACACACCGUGAACACUCGCACAGGGGAUAUUACCAGGACAGAGAAGAGCACUCUGACGACGACGAGGGCAGCACAGAGCCUCAAGAGCACUCCGACCUCUCAGUAUCUCCUGCAGCAGAGCGACUGCGCCACAUUCUGGGGGACGAUGACAGCACCCCAACACCUACAAUAUUCACUGAGAUGGACACACUACAACACGAGGGGGAUGAGUUGGAAUGGAAAGAGUCUGCGAGGUGGGUGAAGUUUGAGGAGAAAGUGGAGGAGGGAGGAGAGAGAUGGAGCAAGCCUCACGUCUCCACGCUGACCCUGCACAGCCUGUUUGAGCUCAGGACGUGUCUGCAGACGGGAAGCAUUCUGCUCGACCUGGAAGGCUACUCACUGCCACAGAUAGUGGAUGAAAUUGUGGAUCGGCAGAUAGCUGACGGUCUCGUUGCACCAGAUCUGAAGGAGAAGAUCAGCUUUGUGUUGCUCAGAAAGCACCGUCACCAGACCAAGAAACCAAUCCACCGCUCGCUUGCAGACAUUGGAAAGUCCUCAAACCCUGCUUCCAACCGUAGUCCUCAUGCUAAUCUGAAUCGUAGCACUAGUUCAGCCUCUGGGAUUCACCGCUCCACAGAAGACCUGCGCUCUCGACAGUCAGGCAGCCUCGGUCACCUGCAUCCUGCCCAGAGCCGAAGCAUGAACGACAUUUCAGACACACCAAGCACAGACCAGUUGAAGAAUAAGUUCAUGAAGAAGAUUCCUCGUGAUGCCGAAGCAUCCAAUGUCCUGAUUGGUGAAGUGGACUUCCUGGACAAACCUUUUGUGUCUUUUGUACGCUUGGCCCAGGCCACGACUCUGGGAGGCCUGACGGAGGUCCCUGUGCCGACAAGGUUUCUCUUCAUUCUGCUCGGUCCUCAUGGCAAAACCAAGUCCUACAAUGAAAUUGGAAGAGCGAUUGCGACGCUCAUGGUGGAUGAUCUCUUCAGUGAUGUUGCCUAUAAAGCGAGGGACCGCGAUGACCUGAUUGCAGGUGUUGAUGAGUUUCUAGAUGAGGUGAUUGUUCUACCCCCAGGAGAAUGGGACCCCAAAAUACGCAUCGAGCCUCCCAAGAAGGUUCCAUCUGCAGAAAUGAGGCAUUCAGUAAUGAACCUGAGUGAGUUGGGUCAAAUGAAUGGCUCGGCGAGUGGGGCAGCCGGAGGAGAAGACGAGGAAAUUCCAGCGCCACAUGAGCUUGGAGAGGAGCUGAAAUUCACUGGGAGGUUUGCAGGUGGAUUAUGGCUCGACAUCAAACGGAAGAUCCCAUGGUAUUGCAGUGAUAUCUACGACGGCUUCCAUAUACAGUCCAUCUCUGCUGUGCUCUUUAUCUACCUGGGUUGCAUCACCAAUGCCAUCACCUUUGGAGGACUGCUAGGGGAUGCUACUGACAACUACCAGGGAGUGAUGGAAAGCUUCCUUGGCACCGCUUUAGCAGGGACUGUCUUUUGUGUGUUUGGCGGGCAACCUCUCAUCAUCCUCAGUUCGACUGGACCCAUCCUUAUCUUUGAGAAACUGCUUUAUGAAUUCAGCAAGAGCAAUAACAUAGACUACAUGGAGCUGCGUCUGUGGAUCGGCCUUCAUGCAUGUCUACAGUGUUUUUUGCUGGUAAUAACAGACGCUAGCUACAUUAUCAAGUACAUGACCCGCUUCACAGAGGAAGGUUUCUCCAGCCUCAUCUCCUUCAUAUUCAUCUCUGAUGCCAUAAAGAAGAUGGUAGGAGCCCUUAAGUAUUACCCAAUCAACCGCAGCUUUAAGCCAGACUACAUCAUUGGCUAUAGGUGUGACUGUAUCCCACCAGACCAGGCAUCUGUUAAUGUUUCAGCUCCACUGGCAGACGAUAAUCUGACUCUGUUGUUUAACUUGACGGACAUGGGCUGGGGUCAGAUGAGUAAGAAAGACUGUGUCAAGUACGGAGGCACGCUGGUGGGGAAUGCCUGUAAGUAUGUUCCUGACCUGGCCCUCAUGUCCUUCAUCCUCUUCUUCGGCACCUACUCCAUGACGGUUUCUCUCAAGAAGUUCAAGUUCAGCCGCUACUUCCCGACAAAGGUCCGUGCCCUCGUAAGUGAUUUUGCCAUCAUCAUUUCUAUCCUGAUCUUCUGUGGACUGGAUAGCCUGCUCGCUCUGGAGACCCCCAAACUGCACGUUCCCACUGAGCUCAAGCCUACACGUUCGGAUCGAGGCUGGUUGGUGAUGCCGUUUGGUAAAAACCCCUGGUGGUGGUAUCUGGCCAGCUCGGUCCCUGCUCUCCUGGUCACCAUCCUCAUCUUCAUGGACCAACAGAUCAGCGCCGUCAUCGUCAACCGCAAGGAGAACAAACUGAAGAAAGGUUGUGGCUACCACUUGGACCUGUUCUGGGUGGGGGUCCUGAUGGCCGUGUGCUCCUUCAUGGGUCUGCCCUGGUACGUAGCCGCCACCGUCAUCUCCAUCGCUCACAUCGACUCUCUGAAGAUGGAGAGCGAGUCCAGCGCUCCCGGAGAGCAGCCGCAGUUUCUCGGCGUCAGAGAGCAGAGGUUGACAGGAAUUCUGGUUUUUGUCCUGACGGGACUUUCAGUUUUCCUUGCUCCCAUUCUCCAGUACAUCCCAAUGCCAGUCCUGUACGGAGUGUUCCUGUACAUGGGCGUGGCCUCACUCAGUGGCAUCCAGUUCUGGGAGCGUAUCAAGCUGUAUCUGAUGCCCGCCAAACACCAGCCAGACUUCUCCUUCCUGCGUCACGUUCCUCUGAGACGGGUCCAUCUGUUCACCCUGGUGCAGAUCCUCUGUUUGGCUGUGCUCUGGAUCCUGAAGUCCACAUUCCUGGCCAUCAUCUUCCCAGUGAUGAUUCUCGGUCUGAUGGUCGUACGGAAGCUUCUGGAUCUGAUGUUCUCACAACACGACCUGGCCUGGCUGGACGACAUCCUACCUGACAAAGACAAGAAGAAGAAGGAGGAUGACAAGAAGAAGAAGAAGAAGGCGGCAGAGCCAGAGAGCGAUGAGGAGGAGACCAAGCCGUACUCGACCGUCACAUCCGAUCAAAACGAAUUAAACCGCAGCAUCACUCUGCACCUGAAGAUCUCCUGCCCCCCCUCGCCUAACCCCUCCCAGACGAGCCUAGCCUCCCGGGACGCUCAGUCACAUCUGCCUCCACCGCGCCGGCCCGUGCCCCAGGUCAACAUCCAGGUGGAGUCAGACUGCGAGGAGUCUGGCUUCUGCUUCAGACCGCAACGCCGCCACCAUCAUCACCACCACCACCAUCACAACCAGAGCCACUAUUUCCCCCGUGCCACACCUCCACCUGUAAUACACAGAGACUUUCACCCCAAACUGCAUGCUCGCUUCAUUGACCAGUGUGCUGAGACCGUUCUGUAGACAUAAACAGAAGGUGCAAAGUGUUGCAUACUGUUAAUAACUCUUAAUCUGCACUAUAUGACAGUUUCUAUUCAUUUGUACUAAACUGAUCUUUUAUUUGAUAUCUGAUGUAAUCCCUGUGAAUUAUAUAACUAGCCAUCCUAAACCUUGUCGAGCUCUCAGGUCGGACCCCUGCAGUGCUCUGAGAAACCAGCUUCAUGUAGUGAAGAUAACUAGCUGCAAAGAAACAACCAAAAUGUGUUAAUAAUAUAACGACUGAUAAAUGCAUGAACCCACUCUCAACCUGUGUCAGUAUUGUUGAUCAUGAUUUCCUUUGUGUGCAUUUAAAGAAAGGUAGAGAGAGUGAAAGUGAUACACUUCACCUCGACAUCAGCGUGAAUGAGGGAAACCUCGAGAUUUUUCAGGCUUUGAUGAAGGUUUGAAAUGAAAUGAAACGUCAUGAUUUAUGUGCACAAUGGAUGUGAAGCCCUGACAGUGUAAUAAAACAGCAUUUAAAGUU